GAAUUUCCGAGGAGCACGUGAAUGUAGCAUUACUACAUAACCGUCACCAGUCAUUCUUAUGAAACCAAAACAUUGGACUGUGUUCACGUUAUCGUUUGCAACCUGCUGUUUGCAACAUUCCGCCCUUUGCAGACAGACUGAGUGGACACAUCUGUGUGGAACAUGUCGAUCUAUAGGAACGCCGUCUGGUUCGUGAAAGGACUCCAGGAGUACACAAAGAGUGGUUAUGAAGCUGCAGCGAAGCAUUUUGCUCCAGCUGAUCUGGAUGUGAAACUGAACGGCAGGUCCUUCAUGAUCACGGGAGCUAACAGCGGGAUAGGAAAAGCUACAGCGCAGGAAAUAGCCAACAGAGGAGGGACUGUCCACAUGGUGUGUCGAAACAAAGGCCGAGCAGAAGCAGCCAAAGAGGAAAUAGUGGAAAAGAGUAAAAACCAGGAUGUUCACAUCCAUAUCGUCGACAUGUCCAGCGCAAGACAAGUGUGGGAGUUCGCACAGAACUUUUCACAGAGUAACAACCUGCACGUCCUGAUCAACAACGCAGGCUGUAUGGUGAACCAGAGAGAGUUAACAGAAGACGGUUUGGAGAAGAACUUUGCCACAAAUACACUUGGUACCUACAUCCUGACCUCAGCAUUGGUUCCUGCUCUGAAGAAGGUGGAAGAUGCAAGAGUGGUCACGGUGUCGUCAGGCGGCAUGCUCACACAGAAGAUGAACGUGGACGACCUGCAGGUUGAGAAGGGGACGUUCGAUGGCACCAUGGCCUACGCUCAGAACAAAAGGCAGCAGGUGAUUCUGACAGGGAUGUGGGCUACACAGCACAAAGAGAUCCACUUCUCCUCCAUGCACCCGGGUUGGGCUGACACACCAGCCGUGCAGACGUCGAUGCCUUCCUUUCACGCCAAGAUGCAGAACAAGCUGAGGACGGAGGCCAUGGGGGCGGACACAGUGGUGUGGCUCGCUGUGUCUGCAGCCGCCAUCAAGCAGCCGAGUGGACUCUUCUUCCAGGAUCGUAAAGCGGUGGCGACUCAUCUCCCUCUGGCCUCCUCCAGGUCGACGCCUCAGGAGGAGCAGAAGCUUCUGACCGCGCUGGAAGAGUUCGCCCUGAAGUUUAAGCCUUGAUAUCUCUGCGACUCACUGUCUUAUCAAAACCAAACACUCCUCAAUCAUCAUCUGUGUUUACAUCACUUUUCUUUUUUUGCAGCAUAGAAACUGUUUUUUACAUUUUUACAUUGAAGAAAAAACUUUAUAUAAACGCGACUGUACUGUAGUGAGGUUGUUUUUAUGAAGGAAGAAACAACAGUUGCUUCAUUUAAUACUCUAAAUACAAACACUGCACUUAUAAAGCUCACAGGGAGAUAUCAAAAGACAACCAAUGCUUUAAUAUGAAUGUAAAACAUUA